GCCUAUACGACCAGCAUCGGGCGCAGACUGAGAUACACCGCGCGCGCGCCCUCUUCCCCUCGUGCGGUGCUCGGCCUAGGCAGCCAGUGCUCGACGUCCCCUCCUUCGUCCCCUCCCCCGCCGGGUCCCUUACUCACCCAGUCACUCCUUUGCUCGGUUGCUCGCCUACUCGCCUCGGUCAUCAUGCGGUCCUAUGCUCUGUCACUCUGGCUUGUGCUCUCCGUCCCACUGUCUUAUGCUGCUACCGUCCCUUUCACGAGGCAACGAUAUCCUGACGCGGGGGCACAUCUGAGACGGAGGAGCGGAAGGUCGUCUUAUUCGCGUCCGGUCGUAGAUGCUGCCACAGACUCCGACGGCAGCGAUGCAACGAGUCUCAAUACGGUUCACGAUCUGCUGUAUAUUGCCAAUGUCACUAUUGCCGGCACAGUAUACCCUCUCCAAAUUGAUACCGGUUCAUCAGACCUUUGGGUCAAAGGCACUUCAUUCCCUUUAUCAAACACAACACACACGUCGCAAGCAUAUAAUAUGACGUACGGAAUCGGCUGGGCAUCUGGCAACGUUUCAUACGCUACAGUAGAGUUCGCUGGUGUCGAGGUGCAAAACCAGGCGUUCAUGGACGUCAAGGUCGCGAACAACCCUGCCCUCUCUUACGGAGCCGACGGGAUCCUUGGUCUCGGCUUCGACUCCCUCUCCACGGUCGACGCGCUCAUCAACAGGACGGGGGCCAGCACCGGCCGGACAUUCCUCUACAACGCGUUCGCGAAGGACAAGUCCGAGCCCAACUUCAUCUCCUUCACGCUUGAGGACACGGAGGACUCGUACGACAGCGUCCAGGGCUACUUCUCGAUCGGCGAGUACAACCCGUCGUACACCGCCAUCGAGAACAGCAGCGAGAUCUCGACGUGGCCCGAAUCCAGCCCGACGCGGUGGAGCGUCCUGCUGGACUACCUCCUGCUCAAGGACAGCGCCGUCAUGCCGACGAGCGUCGUUUCCGGUGUGCCGUCUGGCAAGGCGGUGGUUGUCUUAGACAGCGGGACAUCGUACUCGUAUGUUCCGACUGCUAUAGCUCAAGCGAUCUACGGAGAGGUCUCGGAUGCUUCCUUCGACGAGGAUCUGGGUCAGUGGAUCGUCCCUUGUGAUGCCGAAGUCGAUAUUGCACUUCAAUUCGGUGAUACCGUGUUCCCUAUUAGCCCUUUGGAUAUUACGCCUAAGGACUCGUCAAACGCGUCGCGUUGUGCUGGCACCAUAAUACCUGAUGAUGGCCUUGGCGGGACAGAGUUCGACUGGCUCAUUGGGGACAACAUUCUGCGCUCCGUCUACGCUGUCUACGACUUCGGUGAUUAUGACUCGGCCGGCAAGUUGGGCAACCCAUAUAUCAAGCUCCUCCCCAUUGUCGACGCCAGCCAAGCCUCGGUGGACUUUCACAAGACGCGCGGCGGCACUGCGCAAAAUGUCACCUACAACUCCGCCAACGUCACCGGGGCCACCGCUUCCGGUGGCAGCACGAGCGUCGACCUCUCCGACAAGCUCGUCAACACUCUGAACACCGUCGGCAACUUCCUCCCCGCCGUCCUGGCGCUCAUGGCACUCAAUACGCUCCUGCUGCUCGGCCUCAUUGGCGGAGGGAUCUGGUGGAUCUUGCGGAAACGCGGCCGCUCGCGCGCACGUCGCAACCCGGGUCGCUCGGAACCUAUGCCCAUGAACACGAUGUCGACGGUGGGCCUGAUGAACAGUCGGGACUCGCACUCGUACCAGCCUGUGUCCAUGGCACUCACCGAGGACAUGCCCUUCACCCCGCCGACACCCGCGUUCUCGCAACCAGGUUUCGACGGCGGGAACAACCGCUUGCGCGCGUCCACCGUGAGCGUGAGCCCGAUCGAGCGACCGAAGUCAGUUGCAUAGUGUGCGGAUAUCAUUGCUUGGUGGGGACGGUAUGUUCCUGUAUUACUACCCUGCUGGGUAUGGACUGCUUUGUGGGUAGUUUUUGCACGAUACGCAUCUAGGACGGUUGGUAUGGACGGUCGUAGCUAGCGGUCUCCUUGCUUU